AUGGUGCUCGAGGACAUAUUCUCGGACCUGCGGUUCUUCCGCCUAGGCGACCUGCGGCACGACGUCGACACGCGCUGGGCGACGAUGGGCGUCCUCCUCGAGAAGCAGACGCGCGCGGGGUCGAACGGCAACACGUACUCCGUGUGGAAGCUCGGCGAUCUCGGCCCGAACGACGUCACCGUGACGGCGUUUCUCUUCGGACAAGCGCACCUGGAUAACCACCGCGAGAUGGAGGGCACGAUCUGGGCGAUCGUGGACGGGAAGCUGCGCGCGGACGAGAAGUCCUCGCAGUCAGUCGUCCUCAGGGGAGGGCUCGGCAAGCCCAAGCCCGCGUUCACGGUCGCGGUGGACGAGCCGCGGUCGCUGAUGAAGCUCGGGACGUCCCCGGACUACGCGCGAUGCAAGGGCGUUCGGAGAGACGGGAAGCCGUGCACGAUGCACGUCAACGCGUCGACGUGCGAGUACUGCGUCUUUCACGCGACGGCGGCGCUGAAGAGUCUGAGCACGCAGCGCAUGGCGCUCGGACCGGGGCGGGCGCCGAAGUUCACGAGAGGGGGG